AUCAGAAGUCGUGGGAGGAGAUUUUUAUGAGGCCUAUUCUUCGCAACCGGGCAAUCUGAUCAGGGCGCCUCACACGUGGAAGGAUUACACCAGGAACCGAAAGAAAUCAUGACUGAGCAAGAUGUUGAGAAUGAACUCUUGGAUUAUGAAGAAGAUGAUGAACCACAGGCGCCCGCAGAAGCCCCAGCCCCAGCUGGCAGAAAGGAGGUGAAAGGCUCCUAUGUAUCCAUCCACAGUUCGGGUUUCAGAGACUUCUUGUUGAAACCUGAGCUGCUCAGAGCCAUUGUAGACUGCGGCUUUGAGCAUCCCUCAGAAGUUCAACACGAAUGUAUCCCUCAGGCCAUUCUGGGUAUGGACAUCUUAUGCCAGGCCAAGUCUGGUAUGGGAAAGACUGCCGUGUUUGUGCUGGCAACGUUACAACAGAUUGAGGCGGUAGAUGGACAGGUGUCAGUCCUGGUCAUGUGUCACACGCGUGAGCUAGCGUUCCAGAUCAGCAAGGAGUACGAGAGAUUUUCUAAGUACAUGCCUUCAGUGAAGGUGGCCGUUUUCUUUGGUGGCCUCUCAAUCAAGAAAGACGAGGAAGUCAUCAAGAAGAACUGUCCUCACAUUGUCGUCGGGACUCCCGGGCGUAUCUUGGCUCUGGUUAGGGAUAAAACUCUUAGUCUAAAAAACGUCAAACACUUUGUACUGGACGAAUGCGACAAAAUGCUGGAGCAACUAGAUAUGCGUAGGGACGUGCAGGAGAUUUUCCGUCUCACCCCUCACGAGAAACAAUGCAUGAUGUUCAGCGCCACGCUCAGCAAGGAAAUCCGACCUGUGUGCAGGAAGUUCAUGCAGGAUCCCAUGGAGGUGUUUGUGGACGAUGAAACCAAGCUGACACUACACGGUUUGCAGCAGUACUAUGUCAAAUUAAAGGACAGCGAGAAGAACCGAAAGCUGUUUGACUUAUUGGAUGUGCUUGAGUUCAACCAGGUGGUGAUAUUUGUGAAGUCUGUGCAGCGAUGCGUGGCUCUGGCACAGCUUCUAGUAGAACAGAAUUUCCCAGCUAUUGCUAUCCACAGAGGCAUGGCACAGGAAGAAAGGUUAUCUCGAUACCAACAAUUUAAAGACUUUCAGAGGAGGAUCUUGGUUGCCACAAAUCUAUUUGGCCGUGGAAUGGAUAUUGAGCGGGUCAACAUUGUCUUCAACUAUGACAUGCCAGAGAACUCUGAUACGUAUCUUCAUCGGGUGGCUCGUGCUGGCAGAUUUGGCACUAAGGGUCUGGCUAUCACCUUUGUAUCUGACGAGGAAGAUGCCAAAAUCCUUAAUGAUGUUCAAGACAGAUUUGAGGUCAAUGUAGGGGAGCUUCCUGAUGAGAUAGACAUAUCUACUUACAUUGAGCAAAGCCGAUAACCAUGUUUGCCGCAGUGUGCUCCGGAGAUCUUUGAACCAACAUGUCUGGCGCUUCUGUGUCCUUGCUCCUGUGUGGCGGAUUGACGUAUUCAUUUUUACAGUCUCUGGGGAUUUUUAUUUUUAUUAAUCAAAUGUCUUUGUGUAAAGAACGGAAACAAAUUAAACUUUUUUUAUUAUUAAAAA